AUGAUGCUUAAUCGUCUCUCGGACGGCCCGGCCACGGUUCUCUCUCCUCCCAGGGAACACGCCUUCGCUCAGUUCUCCCAGCCAUCUUUCCUCGACUCCUCAGAAAGCUUCAACGGCUAUCCGAAAAGCCCUAGCGCGGUCUUUACCAACAAUAACUCUGCGCAGCCCAUUCCCUCGAGUUCCAAUUUCUCGUCUGCCCCUGCGGUUCCUAAGCCCUCCCGGAAGAGGUCGCGUGAUGAGGCCACUUUUGAAGAGACUGUUGCUCCCAGCGCAACCCCUGCACCAGUACCCCAGGUACAGCCCAUCUAUGGAGAAGGCAUGGUUCUUUUAAACCCACAGACUGGCCUUGCGAUCUCUGCUGAGAGCCAGACCGGCACAUGGUACGAACAACAGUCCGAGCUGCAACAAGCUGCCAGUGCACCUAUUUCCUCGCGGUCAAACGCGCUGCUUUCUGAUGCUACCGACGUAAGCCGCAAGUCUCAGCGUCUUGAUCAAUCUGCGCCAGGUCUGGACGAUAUUGCGUUGUCCUCAAUUCGCCAACGUCUGGAGGACCCUAGCUCCAAUGAUCAGCAUCGCACUCUCAAUGCGGGGCCUGCUCCGCCGGCGGAGCCUCUAGUAGAUGAUGCCACCCGUCUUCUAGGUAUCGGCUGGCAACGUGUCAAUACGGAAGGGGACAUGGCUCCUGCUGUUCGUGGCUGGACCAAGUAUAUCGACAAUCAAUACUCGGCUCACCUGCACGACUCUCAGAUGCUCCUUAAAAGUCGCGCUCUGAAUGCCUAUCUUGUGGCUGCCACUCCAACUUCUGGACAAUCGCCUGCCUUUUAUCUCUUUAGCGAAGACCUCACUCAUGGCCAGCUCGUUGCCUCCUCCUGGGAAGCAUGCCUUCAAAAUCUUCGUAGCUCCCCCAUCAUAUUUGAGGGCGCCUCUCCCCUCGAAGCUAUGGAUCGACCUAGCGCAAAGCCUAUCUCCUUCAACUCCAUGGACACUGGCGUGCCACUUCUCCAACAAGCCAUGUCUAAUCAUCCUCAAACAUCAGGCCUCGGCGAACUGAGCGGAGGCGCGGAAAUGGGAAUGGAGAUCGACUCCUAA